UAACUUAAAAGAUACGAGCGACAGGUUUAAAUCUGUAAAUAUUUUGAUGUUUCUUGUUGAAUUCAAGUCUUGUUUCAUCCCUCAGGCUUAUAAAUAAGUGCACAGAGAGGAUGAGGAAGACCACGAUGACACCCCUGAACCACACAACCUUGAAGCAAGAGUGGGAGAACGUGUGGGACGUGCGUGUGUGUGUGCUCCAAACAUUUGUGUGCCUGCUCUCCAUGAACACAACUAACGAUGCUCUCGCUGGCCUGGGGUCACUGAGGAUGAAGAGACCACUCUAGGAUAAGAACGAACAGAGCGAACAUGACUUUUAUUUUGGUGGGGCGACAUGACGUCAUAAGGCCGCGCCGACUCCUGCUUCUGUUGUGAUUUGGCUGAAGGAAGGUUUGUGUUUUCAAGCGUUUAAAAAGGAGAAUAUAACAUUUGAAUAUAACACUCGAUCGUUAUUUUGUAACGAAGUGUCCAAACACAGAAAGACUCGUCUUGAGACACACUUAUAAAGAUGGCGUUUAUUAAGGAGGAGAAUGAAGACGUGAAGAUUGAAGAAACAUUCAGUCUGAAACAAGAAGAUACUGAGACACAAACAGACUUUAUGGCACUGAAAGAGGACAAGGAAGUACUGAAUGAAACGGAAGAGAAAUAUCAGUUUGAGAAUCUUCGUGAUUUCAUAACUGGAGAAAAAUCUCUUUGUUGCUCUCAGUCUGAAAAGACUUCCACACCAGAAGAAGCUCGAAAGACAGGAAAUACAAGUCAUUUCUCUUGCUUUGAGUGUGGAAAGAGUUUCAGAUUUAAAGGAAGCCUUAAAAGGCACAUGAUGCUUCACACUGGAGAGAAGCCUUUCACAUGCCUUCAGUGUGGAAAGAGAUUCAGUAUACAGCAAAACCUUACUUACCACCAGAGAGUACACACUGGAGAGAGACCUUUCACCUGUGAACAGUGUGGAUCAAGUUUCAUUCAAAAAGUAUGCCUUAAAAGGCACAUGAGAAUUCACACCGGAGAAAAACCGUUCAUAUGCCAACAGUGUGGAGAGCGUUUCACUCAACCUGGAAACCUUAAAACCCACAUGAGACUUCACACCGGAGAGAAACCUUACACAUGUCCUCAGUGUGGAAAGGGCUUUGAACAAAAUGGUAACCUCACAGUCCACAUCAGAGUUCACACCGGAGAAAAGCCUUACACAUGCGCUCAGUGUGGAAAGAGUUUCGCUCAAAAAGGAGUUUGUAACAGGCACAUGAGUUCACACUGGAGAGAAUCCAUUCACAAGCUCUCGCUGUGGAAAGAGUAUUGACCAACAUGGAAACCUUAGCGUCCGCAUGAAAAUUCACACUGGAGAAAACAGAAUUCACACACCUGCCAACAGUGCAGAAAACGCUUCAAGCAAGAAGAAAACCUUAAAGAAACCACAUGAAGAUUGAUUCAAGAGGGAACUGUUUAAAUGUCAUCAGUGAGGAAUGAAUUUUACAGACAAGAAGCAUCUGGGAAUCAUGCAGGGAUACCAGAGAGAAGGCUUACAAAAACAAAGCAAAUUUUGAGUUUUACAUAAGCUGGAUUAGGGGUGGGCGAUCUUCGCAAAAUAUAUGAUUUUAUCACACAAAAUCACGAUCUUCCCCAUUUCGAGACAUACUAUCCAGAAUAUCCAAGCCUAUUUGAACAAUUUAAAAUAUUUUUGCAUUUAAACAACCAAAAUGGUCACUGCAUGAAUUAUUGCAUGAACGGUCACUGUAUGAAUCAAAUAUAUAUUCAUUCCUAUUAAAGUUACAAUGUGAUUCAGUCAAGAGCAGUCUUUUGUUGUUUGAUUAACAUUAUGAAGACGGCAGCAUUAGGCUUUCAGACGGAAUGCAUGGAUCUAAUACACUGACAUGCAUUCGAUUUCUUUCCCAAUUUUUUUUAUGUUCACUUGAAGGUGCUGUAUGUAGGAUUGACCCGGCCCGAAAUGCACAUUUUCAAAGGAGAAUAACUGACUGGAGCAUUGUUUUUCAGAUAAACAAGUAUGUUAACUUGGCAUGUUUCUUAAAUAUCUGCAAACAUAUUAUGGUAUUUUUAUUGCUGUAGUUUUAACAUUAUUAUGAGGACAUAAAUGAUCACACUCUACGAUUUGCUUAAAGUAGGUCGUAGGCGUCUUCACGAUCAAUAUGUAUAUGAUAUAAAAUCGUCAGAUCGCACACCCCUAAACUGGAUGAUGAUACUCAGUUCUUUUUCAUUCUCUUGGGAGUAAAAAAAGAAGUUGGUAAUACCGGAGCAGGCUGCCCACACUGCAACAAAAAUGACAGCGGUGAGAAAAUAGCAGGUCGCCCCUUAACCUGCUUGGCAUCACUGGAGGGCAAUCAUUUUCUUUUAUAUCAAUUAUCCUAUUAAUCUAUAUACCUUUGUCAUUUGAAAUCUGAAACUGCUUAUUCAAUUCAUUUAUUGCUAAAAAAAAGUAAUUAUUUAAAGGAAGUGGAAGCAGGUUUUUGGACAUUUUUAUCUUUUAGAGCUUCUUUUUUUAACAGUUUUAGUCUUUUUUUGAUUUUUUUUUUUGCUGUUUUUAGUACUUGUGAAUGGACUCGUAUAGUAGAUGCAGUCAGGUCAAGGCAGCUUGUAGUUAUUUGUAUAUGAAGAGUUCAUUUGCAAAAACUGAUAAACGCCACGUUUAAAAAAAGAAAAAAAAGAACUGAUUUCCAUGUGUUAUUCUACACAAAUAGCACGUUCUGAACCCUGUCACAAAAGCCGGUAUUGUCCACUGUCAAGGCAUCGCGUGUUCACGUUUUACUGCAGAAACCAACAGGCGCCCUUGCAGUUUGUGAACAGAACCCAAUAAGUCAGUUUUAACGAAUCGGUGCGCUGUAUUCAGCAUAAAAUACACAACCACUAUCAAUGAUGAACACAUUUGGUUUUAAUGAGGAAAAAAACACUACAAGGGCAAAUUAGAAACCUAGGUCCGGCUAACUUAGCAAUUACAAAGCAAUUACUUCGUUUUGUUUACCUCUGAAACAUGAAAUGUGGAGUUGUCUGCUUUCGCUAAAAAACAAACUUAAUAUAUAAAAAACAUACUUUCAAUUAACUUUUAAUUUUGUAAGAUACCUGUUUUUUUUUUUAGUUGUUAUUAUUACUUUAUCAAAACAACCCAACUGUAGCUUGAUUUAUUACUUUGGAAUGCAACAACAACAAUGAUUUAUGACAUUUUUAGUGCUGUCAAACAAUUAAUCGUGAUUAAUCGCAUCCAAAAUAAGUUUUUGUUUACAUAAUACAUGUGUGUACUGUGUAUAUUUAUGUAUAUAUAAA